GCAGCUUUUCCCAAAUCUACUCUUAUAGCACACAAGACUGCUAUCGUGUGACAGCAACGUAAUUCUACAGAGAGCGGAGAGCAUGAUCUGCCAUGAGAGGCUUCUUGUGUCAAGGGCAAAGAGAUUGCAAUUAAAGACUACUGAAGAAUUCUUCAGACGGAUCGCGUUAGAGCUUUGAAGAAGGAAUAAUACGAGUGAUUUAGAGAAACAGAGAAAGACCAGAAUCAUUCAUAGCAGGAAACUACACGAGUUAACCGCCACACUUUGGACAGGCAGUCACCAGGAAUGGUGGAUCACUUGCUGCUUGAUGAAGAGACUUUCUUUCCUUACACUUGUUUGCUGCCAGCCCACAACCCAUUGGAUAUGGUGACAGACGAAGGGGUGUACCAUAUGCUUCCAUCUCCAUUCUCAGAGGAUAAUCUGAGUGACUCAUCUAGCCCUCGUUCCUGUUCCAGCCCAGAGUCUCAGGGGCUUGGCUCCAGUUGUGGGAGCAACUCGAGUGGAGAAAGCCAAGAUGGCCUGCUUGACUUCCUCCAUUCUCAGUCCACGUUGAGCCAAAACUCCCCCUUCUCCACCACAGUGUCUCCCAUGGUCCCUCCAGUCCUUCCCAUGGGUCUCGCUUGGGAGUCACGACGGGACCGGGCCACCAAAGAGGAGUGCUUUGAGUUUCCGGUUUUCCCUGGAGAUUUGGAGGACCAUGCAGGGCUACUGUUUCAGCCCACCCUGGAGGAGAUCGAGGAGUUCCUAGAGGAGAAUAUGGAAGUGGUGGCUUUGAAGGAGGAAGCCGAUGUGGGUCUAUUUACCAGUGCAAACAGCCUGGGAGCUACAUCAGAACAUUGGCCUCAAAGCUUAGACCAAACGGUGCCUGUCUCCAGUGACAUUGUCGUAGACAACGAACCCCAAAAUUCACAAUUCACAGUAGGGCCUUCUUCAAAUCAUCAAAGUGUGCUGGAAAAGGAAGACUCAUCUAGGAAGGUUGUGGUGGUGGAUAGUCCUGGCAUGCCCGUAAUCCUACAGCUCCAACCCAUUCAGGUAAAACAGGAGUUGAGCCCGAAAGCAGCCCCCUCACCACCAACACCACAACCUGCCUCAGACAUUAAAAUAACCCAGCUCCUCGUCAACAUCCAGGGUCAAACCUUCGCCUUGGUUCCUCAAGUGGUCCCACCAGCCAGUCUUAGCAGCUCAUCCUCAAAGUUCGUCCGUAUUGCCCCGGUUCCUAUUGCCGCCAAGCCUGUGGGUCUAGGGGAGAAUGGAACAAGCGAUGCCCAAGGGCUUGUAGUUGGCGGUCACAAAUUCCAGAAAAGCUCGGUAGCUGAUCUUAUUAAAAUGCACAAGUGCAAUUUCCCUGGCUGUGCCAAAAUGUACACCAAGAGCAGCCACCUAAAGGCCCACUUGAGGAGACACACAGGGGAGAAACCGUUUGCCUGCACUUGGCCAGGUUGUGGCUGGAGAUUCUCCCGGUCGGACGAGCUGUCACGACACCGUCGGUCUCACUCUGGAGUUAAGCCCUACCAGUGCCCCGUCUGCGAGAAGAAAUUUGCCCGCAGCGAUCACCUGUCCAAACACAUCAAAGUCCAUCGUUUUCCACGAAGCAGCAGGACAGCGCGCACUGCACACUGACCCCACACAACCCCCCAUCAGAGGAGAGAAAGAGAUAGAGAGAGUUAGAGAGAGACAGAUUUACUUGUGGUACUGUGAUAAUUUAUUACAUUAGGUUCCGAUGAACUUAAGAAGAAUUUGGAACUGUUACUUGACUCGUCGGCCUUGCAGAUGUUCUAAGCUUCGUAGAUUGUAUUUUUGUAGCAUUCAUGAUUGUUUUCUAUGUCUCGAGAACAAAUUUUGCAACAUUCAGAGUAUUUUUUUGUACUUUGAGGUAUGAAUUGUUGAUGUAUCUGCCAAUAACUAGCACAUCAACAUUCCUUGUUCAUUAUCAUGAUAAGGUCGCUUAUCUUUGCCAACGUAAAGUGUUUAGCUCCACUAAACCAAAAAUCUCGGGUUCAUUUGAACUACUGAUCAUUGGUAGGACUGUGCCAUUAUAAGCUAUUGGCAAACUAUGAGGUUUUCCCACUUGACUUUCUGUUGUAUGCUAGUAAACGAGCAGGAUCUCAUGGAAAAACAAAAGUGAUUGUGGCGAAAUUUUUACAAAAUGAUAUUAAAUAUAUCGCGGCAGUUCCAAGGUGAAAUGUCCACUGAGUGCCGCUUAAUGUGAGUUACAUUUUAAGGUUAAUGCUCUAAUGAGUUUUAAAUCAACAAAGCCUACCUCUCUACCCUAAACCUUAAACCUAAACCUAACUGAUAGUAUCAGAAAAAGCAAAUGCGAGAUGAAAAACGUAAUUGCUGAAUCAAACGCAUCAUUUUGUGGAUCUUUUAUGACACUUUUGGCUCAUGUGUCGACUCUCAUAGUCUUCAGUACUCAUACUGUACCUCCGUCCUUUUCAUCACAAGUGCAACGCUCUAUCAGUUAAGCUACUGCACAAUUUGAUUGCACUUAAAAAAGCUUAUAAAUGUAGUUAGUUAUGUAAUGCAAACAUUAAAAUGACUGCAUUUACAUGGACACCAGAAAGCAGCUUAUUGCAAGAAAGUGGCGUUUCCAUGCACUGUAUAAGCGGCGUACUCUACUCCCAUAUACAUGCGGCUCGGUCAGUAAGCAGCGUUCUCCACAGCAACGUAAUUUUCCCACUGCACUUGUGUAAAUAACAAACAUGGCAUCUGAGGAAGACUUCGUUAUUUAAUUUUCUGUUGCUUCGCUUUAUUUCCAGAUAUUCUAGAAACGUUGCUGUGUUUGUUUCCUUAACUUUCCAUUGCAACCUGCAACAGAAGUGCGCUGCAAUAGUGUGGUUUCCCUCUUUCGUAAAACUCUGGGAUUCCUCCAAUGUACGAUGGCAUAUACGCGAAUGUGAGGGACAGUCAAUAUUUUACAUUGGCGUGUAUAAAUGGGUAUAGUUUACAGUGUAAGUGCUUUUCCCACUGUACUCCCAGAAAUGUUGAAUUCUUUCUGCUGUGUUGACUUGUUGUUGGGCUCCAUCCUAUGAUGUUUGUUAUCCGGUCUGUUCAUGCAGGUGCGCACUUUUCAAAAACCUGUAAGAAGUCGCUUAUGCGUUUACAUGGCCACAUAAGCCGCAUUCUCUGGGAGAAACCCAGGUGUGUUAAACUGCUUUCUCUUAAUCCCCUAAAUGGUGUAAGGAAAUCGUUCUCAUUUACAUGACGUUUCAGAAUGCUGCUUUCUGCAAAAACCUUGGAGUAAACUGUUUUCUUAAGUGCAUGUAAACGUGGUCAAUCGCCUAAACAGUAAUGCACUGUAGUAAAAGUGUUUAGAUGUCAUAAGAUAGCAUUGUUUGAGGAACAGGGUGAAAAGUGAGUGUUUAUGAACAGAUAAUCUGCCGUUUUAUUCAUGAUUUGUGUGAAAGUAGUUGUUUUAGUGCCUGCAAGGGUUAAUUUCACCUGGAAACUGCUGCGAUACAUACAGCGAGCCACCAAAAAAUCAUUUUGUAGAAGUGUAAGUAAAAUAACGUGAUUCUAUGAGACCUGGUAUUAGUAAACUGUGAAACGCCUCUCGGUCAGACCAUAUAGAGUGAAACAACGAAAGUCAAAACACGCACAUUUGUCGUAUAUGAACUAGCCUUCUGAUCAGCAUUGAAAUUUUUUCCUAUUUCAAACUUUUUGUUGUUAAUGCGAAACCUAUUUUCAUUUGUUUCAUUUAAUUUGUUGCUUUCAUCAAAGACUUGUCUAAAAACAAGAUACCAUCUGGGCUUUCAUGUAAUCUUAAUGUUUGCAGUUACGUCCAUGGCAUUUGUGGUUAGGUGCUUGAGGUUAGAGGAUAUUUUCAACAGCAAUGCAACACGUUUCAUAUUUGGCCAAACACUAAAUUAGAUGAUACAAGCCAGUCACUGUUAAAAUGUAAGCAAAGUCAAUACUUAAUGUCAUAGAAGUUUUGCAGAACCCUGCUUUCCCUGCUGAAAAGACCAGCCUAAACCAGCAUGAUUUUCAAUUACAAGGUGAUUUAUGUUGGUUAGUGAUGGAUUGGUGCUGGUCUAGCUGGUUUGACCAGCAUACCCAUUCUGGUGACCAGCAUUACCGGUCUUUUCAACAGAUUUGCCCUUUGAAAUGGCUCUUUCCAACCAAUAUAAGACUGAAUAACUCUUUAUUUUCUCCCACUUACCUGCCUCAACAAAUCUGAAUGCUCUACUGGAAUACCAACCCAUUAUUUUAUUUUAUUUUAUUUUAUUUUUUACCUGGGACUAAUUCAUCUGCCAAAAUAUCUUGAUGAGACAAUUUGAAUGACACAAACUGGAAUUGCAAGGUGCUAAUCAGCCUUGAACACAAGCUUCUUCACAGAGGGACACAGGCAGGCCAAGUCAUGCUUGGGAAAUGUAGUCUGGGAUGCAUCUGGAGUUCAGAGAGGGCAUUCUUCAUGGGAACUGUAGCCAUGGACACAGCUUGACAACUGAUAGGGCAUGUUGGCCAUAUAUUCACUAAAGGAAUGUGCAUAAAAUCCAGUGGGUUGCUGAUAACUAGCACAAAUUUGUAACAAAAUUAUAUGUCUUCUUUUAGGGUCUGUUUAAGAAUCUGGAAUUGGAUUUUAAGGGGUUGUUAUGUGGAAGGCUUUGCAACAACCUUGAAAAUGCAAUCUCUUCUAUAUAGUCUGUUUUUGCCAAAACAAUAGCUCAAAUGAAAUCAACUACAAUGUUAACCAGUGUCUUAGGUGUUAAAUCAACUCACUGUUGCACUUUGUACUGAGCAGACAUGUACAAUAUACAACCAACAGGCAAAACAGGCAGCUAUAGAUGCAUCCACGAUAUACACAUACAGUAUAUAUGAUAUUAUAUCACAGGGACUCUGACAUUCAGAGAAGCAGUCAGGACUGACCUGGCUCUUCUAGUUCUCUACCCACCCAGAGGAAUAUUUUAUUGCUCAGAGGUUGCACUUUAUUGCUCAGGACAUUUAAAGGAAAAUUCCAGGUUCAGUAUAAGUAAAGCUCAAUCGACAGCAUUUGUAGCAUAAUGUUGAUUACUUGUUCCUCGUUUAUUUAAUGAAAAGCAAAAACUGUGGUUACAGUUAGGCACUUACAAUGGAAGUGAAUGGGGUCAGUCUAUAAACAUUAAAAUACACAUUGUUUAAAAAGUAUAGGCAUAAGAUGUGGACAUUUUGUGUGUUAACACUUCUUGUGGCUAUACUUAUAGUGUGAUGUGUGUGUUGCCAUGAUGACGCAACACCGAUACACACUGUAAGUGAUUUUAUCGUACUACAAUCAUGUAGAACAGCUCAAUUCAAUUGAGCCUUACUUGUAUUGAACCCGGAAUAUUCCUUUGAUGGAGUUUUCAUUUAUUCUACAUUGUUUGUCAUUUAAAUAUCAAAUGUGACUAAGAUGUUUCUCUCAAAAAACAAAUAAAUACAGAUAAAGUAUCCUGUAAAGCAGGACAACAAAAAUAUCUCCAUUUAACCUUAAUUUACUCUCAUUGCUUCCAUGAGAUCUCAUUCAUGAUCUUUCCUAUGGGCAGCCAUGUAUUAUAGGGCAUAACAUCGUGAAACAGUAUGCAUUCUGCGGCUUAGAGGAACACUCUAAGUGUUCCUCUAAUAAUAAUAAUAACAAAAUUAUUAUGGUAUCGUUUUUCUGCUCAGCUCAUAAUAUUUAGCAAUUGUUGUUGUCAGGAAAUCUGAUCUCGAUCAGAUACAACAGAGCAGGAAGAAACUAGAAUCACUCAGGCCUAUCACAAAGAAAACCAGGACCUGGAGAAGUUCCAGUAAAUCCCUUUAAAUGAAGGAAAUUUUAAGUUUAUGCCAACAUAUAUGGUGCAUUAAUGGAUGUUUUGCUACUGUUUGUGCCUGUUUAAAGGGACCGAAUUUUUUUUGUUGUUUUUUUUGUUUGUUUUUUUUUGGUAUCCCUUUAACCUGGUACAUACCAGUGCCAUUGAGUCCUAUUCAUUCAGAAUAGCAUGCAUAAAUGCAUACAUAAAAUGAGAGCAUUUCUGAAAUGUAAUGUCACCACAAAUACUAUCAUAUUGUUUUGUUUUUUUGUUGCUCUCUGUAUUCUCGUCCCUCUUGCAUAAGAGUCAUAACCAUGCAGAGUCUAUUUUUCUAAGACAACUAAUGAUGGGUUGCAUCACUCAUAGCCUCACCCAUCUUAAAAACACAGUAAGAAUACGCUCGACUGACGCUUAUUGUUUAUUAUGCUAAUUGCCUAUGUGCUUGAUGCUCCCCGUUCAAGUUCAUGACCACCGUUCACGUACAAAGUAACAGACAGACACACAGGCAGAGGAGACUGCGUACUGUUAGUGAUGCAUUCCUUGCCGUCUACAUGAAUUUCUCUGUGAAAAAGGUGCUUAUGGCCACCAUUGAAUGUAUGUGUACUGUAUGUACAGACUUUGUACAAAAUGUAGUUGGAUCAGAUAGCACCGGAUAUUCUUCUACAGACGUAUCUCACGUCUUUGAUUGUAUAAAUGUCCCCUGUAAAAUUUAAACCAAUGUACAUAAUAACAAUUAUAUAUAUAUAUAUAUAUAUAUAUAUAUAUAUAUAUAUAUAUAUAUAUAUAUAUAUAUAUAUAUAUAUUAUAUAUUUUUCUUGAUAUACAUAAGAUGCAUUUACAAAUAAAGUGAAAAUAAGACCUUUGAGUUUUGAGAAGCUGUCUUUGUUUUUUGUUUUGUUUGUUUGUUUCAACAUUUAUUAAUUUUGGACAGAUCCUAUAUUGUUUUAUACAAUGUCCAAGGCCUUAAAAGAAUGUACUGGGUUAGAUACAAGAUAAGCUCAAUCCAAUCUAUAAAGUGGCAUGUGUGGCAUAAUGUUGAUUGCCAUGAAAAAUAAUAAAGCAAAAAUCACAGUCGGGCACUUACAAUGAAAGUGAAUGGGGCCAGUCCAUAAACGUUAAAAUACACACUAUUUCAGAAGUAUAGCCACAAGAUGUAAACAUUAUACAGGUAUGUGUUAACAUGAUUUUAGUGUGAUAAAAUUGCAUGCAGUACUAACCUUAUCUGUUUAAAGUUAUAUCUAAUAUUACAACUUUGUUGUCAUGACGACAAAAUGCGGUAAACCCUUUCUGAUGCACGCCAUAAUGGCAAUAAAUUCCUGAUUUUAUCACACUUAAAUCAUGUUAACAUGUAUAAUGGUUAUAUCUUGUAUCUAUACUUUAGAAACUGAGUAUUUAAAUUUUUAUGGACUGGCCCCAUUUACUUACAUUGUAAGUGCCUUACUGUAACCGCAAUUUUAGUGUUUCCUUUAAAUAAACAAUGGUCAAAAAUUUUUUGUGGUUAUCAACAAUAUGCCAAAAAUGCUAUCAAUUGAGCUUUACUUAUAUUGAACCUGGAAAAUUAUUGUAGACAUUCUCUACACUAGAAUAUGAACAUGUUGGACAAGCAUUUGUGUUUGCACACUUGUGUAGAGUACGUUUGUGGCUGAAUAUCUGAUAUAAAGACACUUUUGAAUGAUCUAUGGCCUUAUACCAAUGAU